AUGUUCUCAUUUGACAACUGCUCACGAGCUGUAUGGUUGCGUGACAGUAAACAAGUCUGGGUUGAGGGGGAAGUACUUGGGUCGGGGUCAGCAGGGAGGCUUCGAUGCCGUACGAGCGAGGGAGAGGUGAGGGAGGUGGAGGCAGACCAUGUCGCCCUCAAGAACCCGCGAGCUGAGCAGACCAUGGCCGACCUGACGUCCCUGACUCAACUUGACGAGCCAAACGUGCUCUUCAACCUUCAGUCUCGCUUCCUCGAGCUCUGCAUCUACACCUGGACCGGCCCGAUCCUCCUCGCCGUCAACCCCUGGCACACGAUCGAGGGCCUCUACAGCAGAGCAAGCAUGGCAAGCUUCAUUCGCGACCGCCAGCGGCGCCUCUCUCCCCACGUCUACUCGGUUGCUCAUCGCGCGUACGAGAGCCUGUCGAGCACGCAGAGAAGUCAGUCUAUCCUGGUGAGCGGCGAGAGCGGAUCAGGGAAGACAGAGACGACGAAGCAUCUCCUGCAGUACCUCGCUGCUUCCAGCUCUCACUCUUCCUCCCCCCCCCCCGGCGAGCAUGAGCUCUCCUUGCAGCAUAUGAGCAUGGAGCAGCAGGUCCUACUGACUAACCCCAUCCUCGAAGCCUUCGGCAACGCCAAGACUGUGAGAAACGACAACUCCUCGCGAUUCGGGAAGCUGUUGAUCCUUCAGUUCCAAGAAGAGGUGGAGCAGGCAAGCGAUGCGAGGAGGAUGCGAAUGUGUGGAGCAAAGAUAGAGACUUACCUGCUGGAGAAGUCGAGGGUGGUGCGACAGGGAGGGGGGGAGAGCAACUACCACAUCUUCGAGGCUCUCAGAGACAGCUUGCUUGCUCGCUCCCCUGCCUCCUCCUCUCGCUUGCCUCCUCUGCCCCCCGAGAUUCAGUUGGGUCUCGGCGUUCAAGACUUUCGCAUCCUCGGCUCGUCGUCUUCGGCUCAUCCUGUAGUUUCGCCGCCAUGUCGCUUGCUGGAGGUGUACGAGGCACUCGCGUCCAUCGGAGUCAGCGACCAGCAGUGGCUCGACCUCACCCGCGUCCUCCUCGCGCUCCUUCACCUCGGAAACUGCGACUUCAUGGCUGACACCUCCAGCAGCAGCACCAGCGACGUUGACACUGCCCGUCUGCGUUCCAGCAGUGAUGUGGAAGUGGCGGCGAGGCUGCUGGGGUGCGAGGAGGAGGAGCUGGUGAAGGGGCUGCUUGAGCGGCGAGUCAAGACGGUGGAGGAGAGCGUAACGAUCUGCAACAGCCGAGAGAAGGCGGAGACAGCACGCGACUCGCUGAUGAAAGCUCUUUACGGCCUCCUCUUCCACUGGAUCGUCUCCAGAGUCAACGACUCCCUCGCCACGCCCACAGGACGCGAACUCAGAAGCUGCAGCAGCGGCUCCAGCAGCGGCUCCAGCAGCGGUCGGAGGGAUGGCUCAAGGUCGGUGAGCAUUGGGGUGCUUGACAUCUUCGGCUUCGAGUUGUUGGAGAGGAACGGCUUCGAGCAGCUCUGCAUCAACUAUGCCAAUGAAAAGCUUCAGCUGCAGUUCAACGAAUUUGUGUUCAAGGAGGAACAGGAGGAGUACCGCAGGGAAGGCAUCCCCUGGGAACUGGUCAGCUACAAGGACAACCAGCCAUGCAUCGACCUGAUCGAGGGCAGAGCAGGAGGACUUCUGGCGCUGCUCGACGAAGAGUGUCGCGUGCCUCGAGGAAGCGACGACGGGUUCGUGUCCAAGGCUCGGGGGAUGCAGCAGGAGCAUCUCAAGGCGCCAAAGAGAGAGCGGGAAGCGUUUGCUAUCCUCCAUUACGCUGGAGAAGUCUGCUACAGCAGCCGAGGGUUUGUCGACACCAACAGGGACCUCGUCUCGCAGGACUUGCUCGCCCUCCUUGGCUCCUCUCGCUGUUCGCUGCUCUCCCACAUGAUGCAGGUGGACAAGCGGGCAGGAAGGAGCAGCAUGCCUGGCAGGCGGAGAGAAGCGAGGCAGGAGACGAUUGCCUCUGAGUUCAAGCAGCAGCUCACUUGCUUGACGGCAUCCCUCGUCGAGACCGACCGGCACUACGUGCGAUGCCUCAACUCCAACGCCCUCAAGCUCCCCCACAAGUUCGACAAGCCGCUAGUGGCGCAUCAGCUGCGUUGCAACGGAGUGGUGGAGGCUGUGCGGGUGGUGCGGGCUGGUUUCACGGGGAGGUACGGGAGGAAAGAGUUCGAGUCUGCCUUCGCCUCGCUCGCCGGGAGGAGGAGAGGAGGGGAGGCGAGCACGAACGAGGCCAUCUCCGACGUUCUGAGGUGA